AUGGCUGCUUCUGUGACCUCCGGCGCUGUUGACCAGCUCGCCUCUGACCUCGGCAACACCAACCUGAACGGUGACAACAAGGCUCCUGCCAUCAACACCAACGUCGCUGGUGAUUUCCAGGGCGAUGAUAUCGAUACUGCUGGCCCCACCCCCAGCUCUGCUGCCCCCCACCCCCAGGCUUCUGCCUCGCUCUACGUCGGCGAGCUCGAUCCCUCCGUCACCGAAGCCAUGCUCUUCGAGCUCUUCUCUCAGAUCGGCUCCGUUGCCUCGAUCCGUGUCUGCCGCGAUGCUGUCACUCGACGCUCCCUCGGCUAUGCCUACGUCAACUACAAUGCCACUGCUGAUGGCGAGAAGGCCCUCGAGGAGCUGAACUAUACUCUCAUCAAGGGUCGCCCUUGCCGCAUCAUGUGGUCUCAGCGUGAUCCCGCCCUGCGCAAGACUGGUCAGGGCAAUGUCUUCAUCAAGAACCUUGAUGUUGCCAUCGACAACAAGGCUCUGCACGACACCUUUGCCGCCUUCGGCAACAUUCUGAGCUGCAAGGUUGCUCAGGACGAGAACGGAAACUCCAAGGGCUACGGAUUCGUUCACUACGAGACUGAUGAGGCUGCCGCGCAGGCCAUCAAGCACGUGAACGGCAUGUUGCUGAACGAGAAGAAGGUCUACGUCGGUCAUCACAUCCCCAAGAAGGACCGCCAGAGCAAGUUUGAGGAGAUGAAGGCGAACUUCACCAACAUCUACGUCAAGAACAUCAGUGCAGAGGUGACCGAUGAUGAGUUCCGUGAGCUCUUCGAGAAGUUCGGUGAUGUCACAUCCUCGUCUCUGGCUCGGGAUCAGGAGACUGGCAAAAGCCGUGGUUUUGGCUUCGUCAACUUUACCACUCACGAGGCUGCUGCGAAGGCUGUUGAUGACCUCAAUGGAAAGGACUUCCAUGGCCAGGACCUCUACGUCGGUCGUGCUCAGAAGAAGCACGAGCGCGAGGAAGAGCUUCGCAAGUCUUACGAGGCUGCUCGUCUCGAGAAGGCAAACAAGUAUCAGGGUGUCAACCUGUACAUCAAGAAUUUGGACGACGAUGUUGACGACGAUAAGCUGCGCCAGAUGUUUUCUGAAUUUGGACCUAUCACUUCUGCUAAGGUCAUGAGGGACCAGCUGUCCGAGGACGACGACGAGGAGAAGGAAGAUAAGGAUGAGAAGGACAAGGAGAACCAAAAGGAGCCCGAGGAGCCCAAGGAGGACGAGGAGUCCGCCGAUAAGAAAUCCGAGAAGAAGUCUGGAGACAGGAAGCUCGGCAAGAGCAAGGGUUUCGGCUUUGUUUGCUUCAGCAACCCUGACGAUGCCACCAAGGCUGUUGCCGAGAUGAACCAGCGCAUGAUCAACGGCAAGCCUCUGUACGUCGCUCUCGCUCAGCGCAAGGAUGUUCGCAAGAGCCAGCUGGAGGCAAGCAUCCAGGCCCGCAAUCAACUACGAAUGCAGCAGGCUGCCGCAGCCGCGGGCAUGCCUCAGCAGUACAUCCAGCCUCCGGUCUUCUAUGCUCCUGGUCAGCAGCCUGGCUUCAUGCCCCCUGGUGGUGGACGUGGCAACAUGGGCUUCCCACAGCCUGCCAUGGGUAUGCCAGGCGUUCAGGGUGGACGUCCCGGCCAGUUCCCCGCUGGUUACGCUGGUCAGCAGGGUGGCCGUGGCAUGGCUCCCCAGCAGAUGCCUCCUAACAUGUACGGCAUCCCCGGCCAGUUCCCGCCAGGCGCUCCCUACGCUCAGCCGAACAACCCCCAGUUUAUUGCUGCGAUGCAGCAAGUCCAGCAACAGGCCGCAGCCCUUGCUGGUGGACGAGGCGUUCAGCCGGGCCGUGGCCCCAUGCAGGGCAUGGCCGGAAUCCCCGGCAUGCAAGGUCCUGCCAUGCCAGGCUACCCCCCGAACAACCGUCAACAGGGCGGCGUGGGUGGAGGCCGUGGCAACGCUGGUGGACGUGGUCCUCAGUUCCCUACUGGCCCACAGGGAGGACGUGGUGCUCAGGGUCAGGCACCAGGUGGUCCUGAUCUGAAUGCCGCCAGCCUUCUUCAGUCACAGCUGGCUGCUGCCGCGCCGCCCCAGCAGAAGCAGAUGCUUGGAGAGGCCAUCUUCCCCAAGAUUCAGGCCAUGCAGCCAGAGUUGGCCGGCAAGAUCACGGGCAUGUUGCUAGAGAUGGAGAACCAGGAGCUCAUCAACCUUAUUGAGGAUGAUACUGCCCUGCGCAACAAGGUUGAUGAAGCCAUGGCUGUCUAUGAUGAAUACGUCAAGCAGCAGGGUGGUGACGAAGACGACAAGAAGGACGAGAAGGCUGAGGAGAAGGCUUAG